UGCAAUCCUGUUGUCUAUGGUUAAGUCGUAAAUAAAUGAAUGAGACAUGCUGAUGUAAAACAAAUUUAAAUAGUUUGGUAUUCUUCCAGUAUUAUGUGUUAUAUUAAUUAAUAUAUGAUAAUUGUGACGAUUUUAAUGAGUAUAGUAAAGUUGAAUGGGUCAUAUGUUAAAAUAAAGUAAUGGAACUGAAAAAAGUCGACAGAAAUGAAGAAAAUAAAGAAAAUCUUACAAUUUCAAAUAACAAAUUAUUACGUUCUGCAGCUGUAAAAUCUCUUAGUUUCACGCCUUUGAGGUUAAAUCUUCUUCAAAAAGAUAUUUUAGAAGCAGCCAACGAGCCGUUAUCUACGGUAGAAGACGUUUUAGAAAGUGACGAUGACAGAGAUGAAGAGGAAAAGAGAAUCCCUCCUAAUAAAAAUGUAACUUUUCAUUUAAAAAACAGACUGGAAGACAGUCCCAUUGAUCAUGAGAGUAUUAAAUUAAGCAGUGUUGAUACCAGUAAUAAACUUUGUGAUUCGUUUGAAGAGAAAUUAUUAACGAAGAAUAGAAAUGACCUACCAUGGAAAUUUGUGGAAACUGUUGAACUACAGACAAAUCGUAGUCUAAUGGUUGAAAGUAAGAGCCUAGAUUUAGUAGAGGAGAAUAUUCAAGCAGUGCCACGAAUUCAUUGCAGCACAGAUCAUAACUUAAAGCCUUUAAAAAAUCAAUCUUUUGUUAAAAAUUUUGAAACGCCCAUAAAAUUUAAUGGAGCUGCCUCAGGCCAUUUUAAUAGCGAAUUGUUUAAAAUUGACAAUAUUUUUGAAUCAAGGAAAAAACUGAAUUAUCGAGAACAAGAAAAUCAACAGAAUAAAAAUACUGUACAUAACGAAGAAGUAAUUUUGGGAAGUCCUAUGAACAGCACGUCAAACAAUUUCAUGUUCAACAGUAUUAGCAUAAAACACAAAAUGUAUAUUAUUAUGAAGGAAUUGGGACGUGGUGGAAGUUCUGUUGUGUAUUUCUGCUUUGACCCUAUAACUAAAGAAGAAAGGGCAUUGAAAAAAGUGUUUUUGAGUAGAGCAAAGUCAUCCGCUGUGGAAUACAUCAAUGAAGUUGAAAUACUUAAAAAACUGCAAACAUGUAACAGAAUAAUUAGAAUGUAUGAUUCAGAGGUUCAAGAGCAUCCAACUGAAGGUAAAAUAUUGUGGGUGGUACUAGAAAAAGGUGGAAUGGAUUUAGAUAAAAUAUUGAAAAAAGUUUCUGGACAAGGAAAACCCCUUGCAAAUCAUAUUAUAAUGUUUUAUUGGAUGGAGAUGCUUUAUGCUGUAAAACAAAUCCACGAAAAUGGAAUUAUUCAUUCUGAUCUUAAACCUGCCAACUUCAUUAAAGCAGAAACAAGUUUAAAACUCAUUGAUUUUGGCAUAGCAUCGUGUAUUCAAAGUGACAUGACUUCCGUUAUAAAAAACGUAGCAAUAGGUUCGCUUGAUUACAUUAGCCCCGAGGCGUUAUUUAAUGAAAAUAAUCGAAAUUCAAUAGAUACUUCAUCCCCUCAUGGAAAUCCCAAAUUCAAGAUAAGCUUUAAAUCCGAUGUGUGGUCAUUAGGUUGUAUUCUCUAUCAAUUACUUUUUGGGAGAACACCUUUUCAACACAUAGGCAAUAGUUAUGCAAAAUUAUCAGCGAUCAUGGACCCCAGUCAUGAAAUUAAGUUUCCUGCAGUUGAUAAAGUUACAGAUAAACUUAUCGACACGGUAAAACGGUGUCUUCAAUAUAAUGUUAGGCAGCGACCUUCUGUCGAUGAACUUAUUAAAAAUUUUGAGUAUUGAAAUUUACAUACCUAAUAACACAUAUCUAUUUUAUAAUAUGUGCAGGUCUGUUGACUUAUUAUCACAUUAAAAGAGUGCAUGAUUCAUUAAUGUGCAAUUUUGGUACUUGUAAAUAGAGUAUUGUUAAGUCAAAAAAUUGUAAUUUAUAAUAAUCUAGUGAUUUGUAACCACCCGUACCCAGGUGUUACAAAAUUAUAAUAAAUUUUUCAUUAUU